UUAAAUAAUAAAAAAAAAAAAAAAAUCAGACGAAGGAAAAAGAUAAUGAGAAUUGUGAUAAAGCUGCUUUAGUUUUCCACUUCAUAUGCCAUCAAUCGGACAUUAUUUUUAUCACCUCGUAUGAUAGAAACAGACAUAAUAAAAAAAAUAGUUUUAAUAAGGCAAGCUAGUGCAGUGGUGCAAAAGUGUAUGUGUUUAAAAAAAUAAUUAAAGUGAAUUAAACGCAUAUAAAAGAAAAUAGGACAUAAUCCUAGUAAAGAGAGGACUUUGAAAAUUAAAUAAAAUUAAGUAUAUAGUGUUUGAGAGGAAGGAAAGAGCUGAAAAAGAUAUAGUUAAAUGAAUUUGACAUCGCUAGAAAUGUUAAGUACUUUAGAGACGCUUGCGGAUAAAUUAUCGUCAGGCCAACAGAAUAAUAAAAUCCUCCUCGAUAACAAUGGAAAUAAGCUUAGUUGUUCAAUUAAAGCGGAUAAAAUGCAACAGCAUCCCUAUCAAAAGGAAUCAAUAUACAAUAAUCGAUCAUCACCGACAUCCAACAACCACAAUAGCAGCAAAUACAUUGAAAAUGACUUAGCCACGUUAAACAAUAACAAUGCACAUACAAUCAAUCAGAAUCAAAUAAAUCAUGUACACAUGCUUAAAGACAAUAAUAUCGAAAAGGAUCAACUGAUGAUGAUAGAUCAAGACCAGCCUGAUGCAGAUUAUAUAAAAAUGUUUGUUGGUCAAGUACCGCGAAGCAUGGAUGAAGCACAACUGCGUGAAAUGUUUGAGGAGUUUGGUCGAGUACAUACGAUUAAUGUAUUGAGAGACAAAUCUACGGGACUGAGUAAAGGAUGCUGUUUUGUGACGUUUUAUACACGAAAAGCUGCAUUAAAGGCCCAAGAUGCUCUUCAUAAUAUAAAGACUUUAGUUGGGAUGCACCAUCCUAUACAAAUGAAACCGGCUGAUAGUGAGAAUCGUAAUGAACGAAAGCUCUUCGUUGGUAUGCUGAAUAAGAAAUUUAACGAGAAUGACGUGAGGCAACUUUUCAGUGGUCAUGGGACGAUUGAAGAAUGUACAGUUCUUAGAGAUACUUCAGGUCAAAGUAAAGGUUGUGCUUUUGUAACAUUUUCAACAAAACAGGCGGCUAUUGGUGCUAUUAAGGCCCUUCAUCAGAGUCAAACUAUGGAAGGGUGUUCUGCGCCUCUUGUUGUAAAGUUUGCUGAUACGCAAAAAGAGAAAGAUGCAAAACGUAUGCAAGCGAUUCAAUCAAAUAUAUUCAAUUUUGCGGCGGGAAUGAAUCCCUUAACACAAUCACCAAUUCCAAUCACUCCGCAACCCGUUCAUACAAACCCUACCACACAUUCUAGUCCGUUUUUAGCAAAUGAUGCAGCAUCGACUAUUUCGACGGCAUCGAUCCAGCUUCUCCAGCAAUUACAGGCUAUAGGAUUGCAACAGCAACUUUUACAUGGUUUAGGUGCUCAAGCUGAAGUUAACCAACAACAAGCAAACAAUGUACCUUCAGCGACAAAUUUGUCUGCUGCAGCAUCAGCUGGAUUACUUGGGCCGAUUAGUGUACAGAACCUUUUAACAUUAGCUGCAAUGUCCCAGCCAACGCUAGCUGCAGCGACUACAAAUCAACAAGCAACCUUACAUAAUGGAACUGCGACGGGUCUUUGGCCGACGAGCGAUGCACUUGCAACUCAAUUGACGACAUCUCAAACGCCAACACAGACGACUCAACUUUCGCAGUUUACGUCACCGUUCUCCGCAUCACAUUUAACAAAUCCAGCCUUCAAUGCAGCAGUUCAAAGCGCAGCUGGGAAGCAAAUUGAAGGUCCUGAUGGCUGUAAUUUAUUCAUUUAUCAUUUACCACAAGAGUUUACAGAUUCAGACUUAGCAUCAACGUUCAUGCCAUUUGGGCAUGUUUUAUCUGCAAAGGUUUUUAUUGAUAAGCAAACAAAUUUAAGUAAAUGUUUUGGUUUUGUGUCAUUUGACAAUGUUUCGUCUGCGCAAGCAGCCAUUCAAGCCAUGCACGGUUUUCAAAUCGGUACAAAGCGUUUAAAAGUGCAACUAAAACGAUCCAAAGAUGCCUCGAAGCCAUACUAGAGAGAAAACAGAAUGAAAGAAAUAGCUAAUUUUUCUUCUUUUUACUAUCCCUUUAUGUGUUUAUGUUCCUUCCUUCCUUCCUUGCGACACAACAGUUCGUUUACUUUUAUUUCUGUUUUGUAAUCUUUUUUUUUUUUUUGAGAAGAAUGCUGCUCAUUUAUUGGAUAAGUGAAAGAAUCAACAAAUUUUGUGAAUUUCUAUGGCGCGAAUUAAUGUUCAACUUUUUAUAUAAUCUUUUUUUUACUAUAACUUCAUUCUUUAUGACUAUGUAUGAAUGAAAACAGUCCUACCAAAUAGUUGAGUUAAUAUGAGUUAUUAUACGUUAAGAAUUGUCUUAGUUAAUGUUUGUACUCCCUACAUUCUUCGAAAAAGAAAGAAUAUCUUCAUGAAUUAUAAUUAUAUACUUUCAAAGACCUUUAAAAGGCCAAGAGAAAAUAUUUUCUGUCGUAAAUUGUGUCAUUAAAUUUAGUUGCGGCCUUUAAAUGGAUGGAAACAAACGUUUAGAGCAAUAAUUAGUUUCUUUUGUGUUUUGUGCCAUUAGAAAUGAUACAUGAAUUAGAGAAAAUCAUCUUUAAAGCAAUUUUAAUAACGAUUAUGUUUGCGUUCGAACCGUUUAUGGAUUAAUUAAUUACUUACAUACUUACUUUUGACUGUUAUCAUCAAAUUCAUGAUUUACCUUAAUGUUAGCUAUGAUUUUUUUAUAUGAAUAAUUGUGGAGUUUGCAAGAUGUUAAAAAAGAACUAAGAGUGAUUUAAUAACCUGAGCAGCAAAAGUUUUUUUUUU